UUUGUUAUUCUGCUUCUGAUCUACUUUGCUAUAAAAAGGCCUAGUUUGUAAUAGUUUGUUAAACCUAGAGACAUUAGAACUGCAUAUAUAUAAGAAAAAGAGAGUAUCUUGAUUGCAGAUAGGCAUGGAAAGAGAAGAGAGCUGUGAGACUCAUCCUCUGUUGAAAGGAGGAAGGAGAAAAGAGAAAGGUUACAGCCAUGGGUUAUCAAGCAGCCAGAUGCAUGUUAUAGCUGCCAUAUGUGAGGCUCUCUUUCCUUCCCAGCCAUUGGACUCCCAAAACAAUCAAAGCUCAGUAGACAAAGCCCUCUCAGCUUUCUACACAGCCUCUGGUUCCCAGGCCCCACUUCCUGAUGAGGCUGCAGAGCUCUUGUUCAAGUUCAAUAGAUCUUUCCCAGAAGCAUUGUCCUUGGUGAGCUGGGUGCUGCUGAUACUGUCAUUCAGAUUGGGGACGCUGUUGCUUUGUGGAACUCUUUGCUUGGACUGGAGGUGGCCUUUCAUUCACAAGUUCUCUGAGAUUCCCUUGGAGAAAAGAGAAGAAAUUCUCAAGAGAUGGUCAAGGGAAAAGUGUUGGAUACCUCUGCGGCUAGUGUUUGUGCUGACCAAACUUGUUUGCUUCUACAACUUGUUCUCAAGGGCUGAUGUGAAUGGACAUAAUCCCAUAUGGAAAGCAAUUGGAUACCAGGUGGACACCAGGGAAAAAUUGACGCAAAAGAAGAGGCCCCUCCAAGAGGGACUAAUAGAGACCAUGUAUGAAACUGAUUCUACUCUGAUCCAAUCCCUCACUGAAAAAGGCCUUGAAGUCACUGAAGAUCUAGAGCAGAACAUGUACAAGAUCAAAUGUGAUGCUGUCAUUGUUGGUUCUGGUUGCGGUGGAGGAGUUGCAGCUGCAGUUCUUGCGAACUCUGGUCACAAAGUGAUCAUCCUAGAGAAAGGAGAGUAUUUUGUUUCCCAUGAUUACUCUUCCCUUGAAGGUCCAUCCAUGAAUGAGCUCUAUGAAUCAGGUGGAAUCUUGCCAAGUCUUGAUGGCAAGAUGAUGAUCUUGGCUGGCUCAACACUUGGUGGAGGCUCUGCUAUCAACUGGUCUGCAUGCAUCAGAACACCUGAUUCUGUUCUGAGGGAGUGGUCUGAAAAACACAAAAUCCCACUUUUUGCAAGCCCUGAUUAUCAAUCUGCCAUGGACACAGUUUGCAGAAGGAUUGGUGUGACUGAGAAUUGCAACAAGGAAAGUUUCCAGAAUCAAAUUCUUCGACAAGGGUGCGCGAAAAUCGGUUUCAAAGUUGAGCCAGUUGCAAUAAAUUCCUCAGCAGAUCACUACUGUGGUUCAUGCUGUUAUGGUUGUAGAACAGGAGAUAAAAAAGGGACUGAAUCAACUUGGUUGGUUGAUGCUGUGGGAAAUGGCGCAGUGAUUCUUACCGGCUGCAAAGCUGAGAAAUUGAAUUUUACACUGAAAGAUGGAGAUAAUGGAACCAAGAGAAAGACAUGUUCAGGUGUGAUUGCUUCAGCAACUUGGAGGAGUAAAGUAACAAAAAAACUCCAAAUAGAAUCCAAGGUAACAAUUUCAGCAUGUGGUUCUCUCUCCACACCUCCUCUAAUGAUUUCAAGUGGCCUAAAAAAUCCUAACAUUGGAAAAAACCUUCACCUCCACCCAUGUCAAUUUGCUUGGGGUUACUUCCCAGAGGACAUGACAAACUUUAGUGGUAACAACUAUGAGGGAGGGAUCAUAACUUCUAUCCACAAGGUGUUUGAAGAGGAUUCCACUUCCACCCCAAGAAUCAUUAUAGAAGCACCUGCUCUAGGACCUGGAUCAUUUUCAGCCUUGGUUCCUUGGGUCUCAGGGCUUGAUGUAAAAGAGAGAAUGGUGAAGUAUGCAAGAACUGCUAACCUUUUUGCAUUGGUGAGAGACCAUGGUUCAGGAGAAGUAAAAGCUGAAGGCAGAAUUUCUUACAAACUUGACAAAAUAGACAGAGAAAGUCUUCAAACUGGGUUGAGAAAGGCCUUGAGGAUUUUGGUUGCAGCAGGUGCUGUGGAAGUGGGAACUUACAGGAGUGAUGGCCAGAGAAUAAAGUGUAGAGGGAUCAAGGAGAGUGAUUUGGAAGAGUUUCUUGACAGUGUGAGAGUUGUUGGGGGUCCAAGUUCAAGGAAUGAAGUGUGGACAGUGUUUACUAGUGCACACCAGAUGACAAGUUGUAGAAUGAGUGCUACUGAAGAAGAAGGUGCAGUUGAUGAGAAUGGAGAGAGUUGGGAAGCAAAAGGGUUAUAUGUGUGUGAUGGAAGUGUUUUACCAAGUGCAGUUGGUGUUAACCCCAUGAUAACUAUACAAUCUACAGCAUACUGCAUUGCUAGUAACAUUGCAGAAUCACUGAAGAAACAAAACUAGCACAUGAAAAAUUAAGCUGUUAUUUAUGUCCAUGUAAGAAUUUCAUUGUAAUUGUAUUUGUAUAUGUACUUUAAAUAAAACUCGAUCCGCACUCAAAUUCCACCAACACCUAGUCAGAUAUAGAAAGAGAAUAAAAAAAUGAAAGAUAUGAUAUGUGAUGUAAUAGGUGAAUAAGAGACAUAGAUUGAGAAAGUAAGUGGAAAUAAAAUGGAAGAGAAAAUAAGCGUGAAUGUUUAACCUGAUUGUAAUAGCAUUGUUAGUGGAAACAAAAUAAAGUUUCAUGUAAUUGUGUCAAUGUUUACUAUGCAGGUAUGUGUUCUUAGA